AUGAUAUUUACCGAUCUCCCACUGGAACUAGAAUCUGAAAUACUGGUUAGGGUUCCGGCCACAUCUUUAACACAACUAAGAUCAACUUGCAAACGAUGGUUCGCUUUAUUCAAAGAUCCUAGAUUCAUCAAGAAGAAUAAGGGUAAAGCAGCAAGGCAGUUUAUCUUAAAGAAAGAUGAUGGUGUUUAUUCAAUCAGAAUCGAUCUCCACAACAGCUUUGAUGAUCCAUCCGUUGAGUUUACAGGUAAACUCACCCCUCUAGAAGAUUCACAACAGGUCGUGAUAUCUACUAUCUAUCAGUGUGAUGGUUUAUUAUUGUGCACUAUACAGGACAAUAGAUGCCUAGUGAAUAGACUAGUGGUCUGGAACCCUUGUACUGGUCAAACAAGGUGGAUCCAACCGAGUAAUCGUAACAGUGUGCAAGAUAAGUAUUUUCUAGGAUAUGAGAACAACAACGAACCUUGCCAAUGCUACAAAAUCUUGAGGUCUAGCGCUGGAAAGUUGGAUGAGUUUGAAUUAUAUGACUUCAACUCUGAUUCAUGGAGGCUUCUUGAUGGCGUCACUCAUAUCUGGUUUAUAAGAAGUCGUGGUGUGUCUUUGAAGGGAAAUGUUUACUGGGUUGCUUCGGACAAGAAUAAACCUUGCACUAGGAAAUACAUACUAAGGUUUGAUUUCAAAAGAGAGAUUUUUGAACGUCUUUCUCUUCCGUUUCAGGUUAAUUAUUUCGAUGGAAUAAUUUUUGAUCUCUCAGUUGUUAGGGAAGAGAAGCUUUCUGUGUUUCUUCAGAGGUUUUCUAAUGAUUCAUUUGAGGUGAAGAUAUGGGUGACAGACACUGAUAUCGAUGAGGCAAAAGAUGCUAGUAUCCAAUAUUUUUUAGUUGUUGAUUUGAGUGAAAGUUGGAGUACAGGUAUGAUGGCAGUGGAGUGUAUAGAGAGUUUCUUGGUGGACGAGGAGAAUAACAAGGUCGUGUGUUGUGGUAGAGACGGGAGAGGUUCAUACAGGAUUAAAUUUUACUUUGUUGGAGGAGACCAGAAUUUACAUGCAUGUAAACAAGUUCAUGGAGAUCUCGCACAAGGACAAUAUGAUUAUUGGCAGCUUCGACUUCGAGGAUCAGAUGAUUACUAUAUUUAUCUACGACCAGAUGAUUAUAGAGAUCUUCUCGUCAGCUAUGUUCCAAGUUUGGUUCAAGUAGCAGGUGAAGUCAAAAGAGAUAAGUGA